AAGAAAACUGAAUUGCUCGCGGAGAGUACACCGCCGCCCUGUACCAGGAACGGUAAAGGGCAAACCUCUUGACUUAUAACCGCUGACGCACAGUCAGGCGAGAGCUGGAUUCGAACAAGCUAUCUCAACAGUCAAGGAGCUAGCUGGCCUGAGAAGAAAGUGGGCUCUGUGAAAUAGCAAGACAGGAAAGUUUUUCAAAUAUAUGUGGCCAGCCAUUGACUCCUGCUGCUGACCUCUGUCUCAGUGUCUGGGUAUUACCUCAGCUCUUAGCCACACUCAGCCACAUUUGUAUGUAUAGCCAGGUCCCCAUCACCUCAGCCCUUUGACAGCCAGCAUGCCCUGAUACUGAGCCUCCUGACAGGUUGACACAGGACUUUAUGAGGGAUUUGUUGUGGAGCUCCCCUGACAGAGAUCCCUUUUUAUACCUCCAACAGAGCAUCACCCCCAGUGCUGUCACUGUAUCAGGUGGCAACAGUGCAGUUUCAGCAGUAUACCUGGUCAAUGAUCCCUCUUGUAGUUUUAGCCUGUCAACAACGUAUUGCUGUGUGUUAACAGGAGGUGGGCUAUGCAGACAGCAUGGAAUGCCUACUCCUAAACUUACAGUGCUGAUUUUUACCUAGUAUACAUGAUAUUGCUGUGAUAAAAGGAAGGUGUUAGCCAUCAUGAGGCGUAAUUCAGUGACCCUGCUGAAGUUUGUGAUUGCGGCCGCAGUGUUUAUAGUAACAGGCCCCAUGGCAUUGCGAUUCCUCAUGAACAAGAGUGGGGAAGAGGACUCUGUGGCAGGUGUAGUGAAGGAGAUGGGUCUGCCACAAGCUCCCAGGGAUGCUAGGGAUGCUGGUGAUGCUGUGAAAGUCUUUGACCAGUUAAAGGCACUUGUGAAGGAUGAGGGACAUCGUCAAGGAGCACAGGCCGAGGACCCUAUGGAGAAGAUAGAUUGGCAUAACUAUAAACAAAUAGCAGAGGAAGAACAGCGCAAAGGCCCUGGAGAGCAAGGCCAGGCAGUGAUUCUCUCCCCUGAAGAAGAAGCGAAAAAGGACGCUCUCUACAGAGUCAACGGUUUCAAUGCCUUUGCUAGCGAUAAGAUCUCAUUGGACAGAUCAUUGAAGGAUAUACGUCACGAAGAGUGUAAAUCAAAAAAGUAUGUAAGAAAGCUUCCAACAGCAAGUAUAGUUGUACCAUUCCACAACGAACACUGGACCACACUCUUACGAACAGUUCACAGUGUAAUCAACAGAUCUCCCGCACAUCUUCUUCAUGAAGUAAUCCUGGCCGAUGACUUCAGUAAUAAAGAAUUUCUGGGGUCUCAGCUGGAGGAGUAUGUGAAGAAGAAGUUUGACAAAGUAAAGGUAGUGAGGGCCAAGCGGAGAGAGGGGUUGAUCCGCACCAGGCUGCUGGGCGCCCGUGCUGCCACUGGGGAUGUGGUCAUCUUCUUAGACUCCCACGUGGAGGCAAAUAUCAACUGGCUACCUCCGCUUCUAGAACCCAUUGCCUUAAACCGGAAGACAGUUGUGUGCCCUUUCAUUGAUGUCAUUGACUUUGAAACGUUCGCAUACCGUGCGCAGGAUGAGGGGGCUCGCGGAGCAUUUGACUGGGAGUUCUUCUAUAAACGGCUUCCUCUUUUACCAGAAGAUCUGAAACACCCGUCUGAUCCUUUUAAGAGUCCUGUGAUGGCUGGAGGGUUGUUUGCCAUGGACAGGAAAUUCUUCUGGGAGCUUGGAGGAUAUGACCCAGGUCUGGACAUCUGGGGAGGAGAGCAGUAUGAACUAUCAUUUAAGAUAUGGCAGUGUCACGGGGAAAUGGUGGACGCCCCCUGCUCCAGAGUGGGGCACAUCUACAGGAAGUUUGCCCCCUUCCCUAAUCCGGGUGUUGGGGACUUUGUUGGCAGGAAUUACAAGCGUGUGGCUGAGGUAUGGAUGGAUGAGUAUAAGGAUUACCUGUACCAGCGACGUCCACACUACAGACAGAUUGACGCCGGUGACCUCUCUGCUCAGUUGGCCAUCCGCUCAAAGCACAAGUGUAAACCCUUCAAGUGGUUCAUGAAGGAAGUGGCCUUUGACCUGCCCAAUUAUUACCCACCUGUGGAGCCCAAACCAUUUGCCUAUGGAGAGAUUCGUCUGAAAGACACUGAAAUGUGUAUAGACUCGCGGUUUAAGGGAGCCAAUGAGAAGUUUGGUUUGGAGAAGUGUAUCAAGGAUGGAGGCAGUGGAGGAGAACAGGAGUUUGAAAUGACGUGGCACAAGGAUUUGCGACCAAAGAAAAGGAAUGUAUGUUUUGAUGCAUCCCAAUCUAUUCCGAAAGCACCUGUCAUUCUCUUCAGCUGUCACGGCAUGAAAGGAAACCAGUGGUGGAAAUACAAUAUGGACACAAACCAGCUGAAGCAUGUGAUCAGUAACCAAUGUCUGGAUGCGGAUGCUGAGCGGAAAGAUGUCUACAUGAACCCCUGUGAUACAGACAGUAACACACAGAAAUGGACGUUCGGCAAUGUCAAUGAGACAGCAGUCAGACGAGAAUGGAUCAGAAACUAGGAUCAGUAUUCCGUCAUCAGACACGUGUUAGGGGGGAGGUUAAAGGUCGUAUGUCCAAAAGAGAUCAGGAGGAGUAUUAAGGGGUAUGUGUCUGAAAAUGGAUAAAGGUCCUCUGUUAGAGUUGAAAAUGGAUUUUAAAGGUCACCUUUCAGACAGAGCUCAAGUGGAGGUUAAAGGUCAUCCUUCAGAUGUAGUUUAUGUAGAGGUUAAAGGUCAGCCCUCAGGCAGAGAUCACAGUUAAAUGUCAUCUAUGAGGAGGUCACUGAUUAUCUGUCUGAAGAAGGCUGAAGACAACUUCCUCUGUUAGACAGAGGUUUUAUAUAUUGAAGCAGAAUGUUUAUAUCAUUGCUAAUGCAAGUUAUCAAGUAUAGUGCAAAAGGAUUCUUUGGGUAAAUGUGGACAACACAGAUAAAUUUGAAGGUGAUUGCAUUUUAUGAAAAUGAAAUAAUAGAAGUGAUGCACUUUUGUGAACAUGACUCCAUGCACUCAUUUGUAUAAAGAUGAACCUAGUGAUAUAUCUGUGUGUUUGUGUGAUAGAAGAUGCUCAAGAGAAUGAGUCUGAUCUCCUGAUAGACAUCGGAUCAGAUACCUGACUCAAGUUUAGCAUGUGAUCCUUUCAAGCCUUUUGUGAUCACAGAAUCAGCAAUAUUUAUACAACAUUUUCACUUUUUCAGCAAUGUCAAGAUAAAAGCCUCAGCCAGAUGUAUUACCAAACAUGUAAUUUCAGCACAAUGACAAACCAAAGAGUUUUUACAUGUAGAAGCUGUAACUGUUAAGUGUGAAUGAUAUCUGACCUUUCUAUACUUUGUGUUAAAUGACAAGAAAAAUUGUUGCUUGGCAUGUCAGGCAUAUCAAGUACACUGGGAAAUUCUUGUUAUGGAUAAACAACUUCCUGGUUUAUUAACACAACGGUUCAAUGUAGUUACUAACAUCGCUAACUAUUGAUAACUCGAUAACAAUGUUAGUAACUACAUCGAAACGUCGUCUUAAUAAACCAAAAAGUUGUAUGUCCAUAAGAAAGACUUUUCCAGUGCACUUCCUUCCCAUCCUCUAAAUGCCACUCCCACAUGUCUAUGUCCAUGCAUAUGUAGUCUACAUGUUUCCUCCCAAGUAUAAGUGAAAUAUUCUUGAGUGAGGAGUACUAAUCAAAUAAAUAAAUAAAUCAGUUUCGUCUACAUCUGUUUGGCUGAACUAAGCCUGUGGAGGAGUAAUUUUAUUGUUAGAGGGUCCUAUGUCUUUUCUACACAAGUAUUCCAUAUAGAAUUGGUGACAUUGGCAAAGGUACAUGUAUAUCAUGCUUACCCUGGGGGCCUACUGUCCAUUUAUGCCCCCUGGGGUGGCUUCAUGUGCAAAAGAUGAAUGUGUUUCAUCCAUCUUUGGGGGGCCCUAGACCAUAUGAUAGUGGUGUGCUGUUGCAUUGUACAUAGCAGAUGGUAGGUUUGAUGUGGCAACAUUUAUGCAGUAGUGCACAAAAUCAGUGCACCACAAAAAGCAGAUUAUCACACCCCCGCUUUCCACCACCAAACAAAUUGGUUUAAAGCUGUGUAAAAACACGAUUGCCUGGUGUUGUGCUGUAGUGCUUGUGAUCUACCUCUUUGCUUUAGGUUCACAAUUACAUGGAAUCUCUGAGGUAUUACAGAUAAGGGAAAAUAAGAGAAGAGUCCAAUACUUGGACUGUCUUGAUUCUUCAACCUUUUCAACCGCCUCUGUAACCAAUAGUUUGAAACCUUCUGAUAGAACAAUGGGGUGUGUAGAAAUGUUAUCUUAAAUGACCCAAAAUUUGGCCCAUAGCGCAUUGUGAGAGGAUAAUAAAUGUCACAAAAUGUUAUUUUUGGUGUGGAAACUUACAAUUUUCCAGCAGAUUAUCAUCUCAUGUUCCAAGCAAACCUCAAAACACCUUUCUAAAGUCGGUAGGACUCUCAGAAUCAGGAAAAAUGGGCGAGUUAGUCAUGGACGAAAUUUAUGGUCAUUUAGGAUAUGUACAGUUUUAUGGGGCUUGCAUCUUUAGUGACACAAACAAGUCAUAUCUGCCGUUAUUUUCAUAAUAAUGGUAUUGUAUAAAUUCCUCUGAAAUUCCUUCCUUAAGUGGUUGAAAAGAUUAAUGAAGUUGUGUUUGGCUGCUUUUUGCUGUGAAUCAAGAAUCGAAAGUGUCUCACAUGCUUGCACACUUUGAUUACACUGAUCUUCUGUUGGAAUGAAAUCAACAUCAUGAGUGAACAUCUGUCUUUGUACAAAGCAGAUGUCUAUAUUGACUGUAUUUGGUCCCUGAAUUCAUGGCAUCUUAACCUUUUACCAUUAUUAAAGACUUUUUCACAUCGUUUUUGAAAAUACAUUGAUUAUGUAAGGCGCUGCAGUGUUCUUAAAUUGUCUAGGGGCAUGAUUCCAUGUUUUAUGUGCUCUAGAUCUGCAUUUUAUAUGUGAAUUUAUAACUAAGGGUUUACAUGACGCGUGUUGUGUGGUACAGAUAGAAAUACCUGUACUUUUUUAAAUGUUUUGUAUUCACAACUCAUAUGAUAUGAUGCAAAGUAACCUAUGCGUGAUGGUGGAGAAAUAUACAGGUGUAUGUAUAGUAUUGUUGUGCACCAUGGAAUCCAAACCCUGGGAUAACAAAGCUGUCUUCAAAUUGACAUAUGGUGUAAAUUAACUUGUGAUUUGUGACCAUAUUCCUGGUCUUACGUUUGAACUUGAAAAGAAAAAGAAACAGACCAACUUUAAGUAAACCAAGCAUUGUAUAGAAGACUACACUGCAUAUUGAUUCGAAAUACUAGUAUUGUUUUCAGGAUUUUUUUUGAGAUCGAAAAAAAAUGAGGUUUUGCAGUAAACUUUUUGGACCGUAUUGAACCAAAUGAGUAACAGUGACAUAAUUGAUUGGUUUUAGCCAUUGAUUGUUUUUUUAAACAUGCCCUGUUUCCUAUAUUCCUAUGUUCCACAUGACCAUGCAUGUAGUUCAUGUAUAUUUAUAUCUGUAUAAAACAUGUUUAAUGUGGAAAUGUUACAGUGAAAGCAUGUUUAAGAAUGAGAAAGAAUUUGUGACAUCGCUGCUUCAGCCUUUUCAAUAUGGCCUAAAGAGUCCACUGUAGAACCUCGGUAUUUCGGGCAUUUUAUUUACCUUAAAAAAAACGUGAAAAAAAAAACAACAUGAAAACUGUAUUUGAAAUCUGCACAAAAUGGUCUUUCAGAUGACUUUAUUUAAAGUUGGUCUUUUCUUUUCAGCACCAAUUUUUAUCUUCGCCAUGAGAGCUUACAGCUAAUUUUUGUGUAAAGAAUAAAAUUUUUAUCGGUGACACAUUUACAACAAGCAGUGCUGAAGUUCAGACUGAUUCAGUCUUUUCAAAGACAACAGUCAGCUUUAGGAUCUUAUGGCUAGUUAUUGUAUUAUAGAUAAAAUUUAUUUCUGAUGUUACACAAAGAUUUUGUUGAAUCAAAUUUGUAAUUAAAAUGACCAAUACCAACUCCAAUAUGUGUAUGGCACAAGAUGGAAAGAUAGUUGAUAUAUUGUUUAUGAAUGUUUAAAAAAGGGACUUAUACAAACUGUUUUUAUGUUUAAAGGAAUAUAAGGGCAUGUGUGGAACCGAAUUCAUUUUUUACGUGGGUGUAUUUAAUUAUUUUAUAGUGAGGGAGAAAAUGUUUUAUAAGCCUGGGGCAUUUUAAUUCAUAUUAUUGGAUGACGUUUUGUAAUUUGCACAUAUUUUUAAUGGUUUUUUGACUUGAUCGUUAAUGCCCAGCGCAGCACAGUGACUGGAACGUCCCGCCGAUGUGGUGGCUUUCCAUGCUGGCUUUCUGUCUAGUCGUAUGUCAUAUGCGUGGGAAGGUUUGCCGACGACUCCUUCGUAAAAUAUUCCUGAUUACCUACUAACACCUACUAACAACCAUAUACCAACACUGAGUUACAACAAUAGUCUCAUAUCGAGUAACAAUUUACAUAGCCCGCAGAUGGUAGUGGGUUUCCCCCUGGCUCUGUGCGGUUCCUCCAACCAUAAAGCUGGCCGCCAUCGUAUAAGUGAAAUAUUGAGUAAGGCGUAAACACCAUUGAAAUAAAUAAAUAAAUCAGUCUACAUAGGCUACUCGUGAAUAGUAUUCAAGUCGUGAUCAUUUGGGGACAGACUGUCAAUCGUUUCUGUCAGAUUUCGUCUUGUACCUUUUAAUGACUUUUGUUGUAGUGAAGUGUCGGCUUUUUUUUUAUU